AUGUCCGACGACGAGUUUGGCAACGACACGCGUGGCUCCGCCGCCGACCGCGACAAGCGCGCUCCCCGCUUCAGCUGGACGCCCGCCUACGAAAACACCUUCUUCCGCUCCCUCUGCGAGUCCGUUCAGCUCGGCCUGCGCGAGAACCACAGCUUCAAGGCCGAGGCGUGGGAUCGCGCUGCCGCCGCUCUGCGCGAGCAGCACGGCGCCUAUCCGACGAAGAGCCAUCUCGUCAACAAGUCGGACAAUGCGCGCAAGAAGUUUAGGUUGUGGAGGGGCUUGAGGGAACAUCCUGAUUUCUUGUAUAAUCCCACCACGAGGACGGUUACUGCGUCUGACGAGGCUUGGAAGGCUCAUAUUGAGAAAGAGCCCCUGUCUCGCGCCCUCCGCGGUCGCACCUUCGAACAUGAGGAGUUUAUGGAGAUUCUCUACCCCGACGUCGUCGGCUCUGGCGGCGCUCCCAAGCGCAUCAUGAAGCCCAAGCGCAAAGGCCCCGAUGCCCUGCCCGGUUGCGAGGACAACGACAUGCCGGGCACAGCCGUGCUGAAUCUCCAAGUCGACCGGACCGUCUUCCAGCACAACUCGGCGAUGGCCAAUGCCAGGCACCAGCCAACCCCAAUGCCCCAGCCCAACGUGGCGAGGUCAUUGGGGCCCAGUCGGCCCAGCUCGACCGCUCUCCCUCCGCGUACCAACAUGACGAAUACCAGCGCCCUCACCCCUCCCGAUGAAACCAACCACACGCGCCAGCGAUUCGUCCCUCAGGGACCCAACGCCGGCGCCGUUCCUGCCUCCGACCACAGACUAUCAGCUGGCAAUGCUGCUUCGGCGGCGGCGAUGCAGCAGAACAAGCGCAGGCGAAUAUCAACACAAGCCGGCUUCACCGUGACGGCGAACGGCAAUGGCGUCGAUGCCAGCGUCCCUCUAAGCGCGGGCGCCACCCCCGGCCGAACCCUCCUCGAGGACGGCGUCCUCACUAUUGCUGAGCUGCUGAGGGCGAGGGCGCCGCCGCGCUGGCCCGAGCAGGCCCUCGACAUCUUCUUCCGCGACUUCGCUGACGAGGACAUGGACCUGCAGCUCAAGAUUGCAGAGAAGGCCCUCGCAGACGAGAAUAAGGCCAUGGUGUUUUGCAAGAUGCCGCCGGCGGUGAGGAAACACUGGGUCAGGAGGUUGCGGGAGGUGCAUAAUCGUGCGCUAUAG